AUGUCGGGCUACCCAGGAGGUGGUGGCCAACACGACUAUCGUGAUGGCUAUGGCCAGAAUACCGAUUCCUAUUACCAAGAUGACCACAACGGUCAGUACUACGACCAACACCAAAAUGGCUAUGAUACACACGGCCAGCAACAUAACGAUGGCUACUAUGAUGAAUCUGGCUAUUACAACGCUGAUGCCAACAACCCCUACCACCAAGAUGGUGGCUACUAUGAUGGGCACGACCGGUAUCAAAAUGACUAUUAUGAUGAUGGCAAUGGUGGAUACUACGACCAGUAUGCUCAGAAUGGUGGUCAGGGUCGCCGCCGCGGUGACUCUGAAGAGGAAUCUGAAACGUUCAGUGACUUCACUAUGAGAUCAGAUAUGGCACGUGCUGCAGAGAUGGACUACUAUCCUAGGGGAGACGAGCAAUACAACGGCUACAAUGAAGGCCAAACACGAGGCUAUCGUCCACCCUCAUCCCAGAUCUCCUACGGGGGCAAUCGCUCAUCAGGCGCCUCCACCCCUAACUACGGCGGCAUGGACUAUGGUGGCGCCAUUCCAAACGACCAACGAUCGCGCGAACCAUACCCUGCUUGGACAUCUGAUGCUCAGAUUCCACUAUCGAAGGAGGAAGUAGAGGAUAUCUUCCUCGACUUGACUGCCAAGUUUGGUUUCCAACGGGAUAGUAUGCGCAAUAUGUACGACCAUUUGAUGACGCUACUAGAUUCGCGAGCAUCACGAAUGACGCCAAACCAAGCCCUUCUAUCUCUACACGCCGAUUACAUUGGAGGUGAUAAUGCCAACUACCGAAAAUGGUACUUUGCUGCCCAUCUUGACCUCGACGACGCUGUUGGGUUCGCCAAUAUGGGCGGCAAGAAAGGAAAAAAGAAGAAGGCAAAGAAGAGUAAGAAGGGCGACCAGUCUGAAGAGCAGGUUCUUGAAGACCUUGAAGGCGAUGAUAGCCUCGAAGCUGCAGAGUACCGAUGGAAAACUCGCAUGAACCGCAUGUCUCAGCAUGAUCGUGUCCGGCAAAUAGCCCUCUAUCUACUAUGCUGGGGAGAGGCUAACCAAGUGCGUUUUAUGCCAGAGUGUCUCUGCUUCAUUUUCAAGUGCGCAGACGACUAUCUCAACUCUCCAGCUUGCCAAAAUUCGGUCGAACCAGUUGAAGAGGGCCUGUUCCUGAACAAUGUCAUCACCCCUCUAUACCAGUACUGCCGAGACCAAGGGUAUGAAAUCUCUAACGGAGUUUAUGUCCGACGGGAGCGUGAUCAUAACCAGAUCAUUGGUUAUGAUGACUGCAAUCAGUUGUUUUGGUAUCCAGAAGGUAUAGAGCGCAUUGUUCUCAAUGACAAGAGUAAACUGAUCGACGUUCCUCCCCAGGAACGAUAUUUGAAGCUGCAAGAGGUGAACUGGAAGAAAUGUUUUUUCAAAACGUAUAGAGAGACCCGAUCAUGGUUCCAUUUACUCACCAACUUCAACCGUAUCUGGAUCAUUCAUUUGACAAUCUUCUGGUUUUACACAGCAUACAAUGCCCCAACUCUUCUAGUCGGCCCAGCAUACGAGCAACAGGUUAAUCAACAGCCCACUGCGGCUGCCCAAUUCUCCAUUGUUGCGAUUGGUGGUGGCAUUGCUUCGUUGAUUCAAAUCUUGGCUACUUGUGCAGAAUGGGCAUAUGUGCCUAGACGGUGGGCUGGAGCUCAACAUCUCACCAAGCGUCUCUUGUUCCUCCUGGUUGUCUUCGCCCUCAAUGUCGGUCCCAGUGUAUACAUCUUUGGUUUUAAAGAUGCACAAACUAGCGCAGCUGGAAAGCCUAUUGCCAUCGUUCAAUUUGUCAUUGCUAUCAUUACUUAUAUCUUCUUCUCAAUCAUGCCACUGGGUGCUCUCUUUGGGAGCUACCUGACGAAGAAUUCUCGGCAAUAUGUGGCAAGUCAGACAUUUACUGCGAGCUGGCCCCACCUCAAGGGCAAUGAUCGCGCGUUGUCAUACUUCUUGUGGGUGGCCGUUUUUGGUGCUAAGUUCGGCGAAUCCUACAAAUACCUGACGCUGUCGUUCCGAGAUGCGCUUCGAUAUACCUGGCUGUUCGAUGUCUCAUCUUGCUUGGGUGAUGCCGAGAUUGGGGAUAUAUUGUGCAAAUAUCAACCGACGGUUCUACUUAUCCUUAUGGUAGUGGCGGACCUCUUGUUCUUUUUCUUGGACACGUAUCUGUGGUACGUGCUCAUUAAUACGGUUUUCUCUAUUGCGCGGUCGUUCUAUCUCGGCUCGUCCAUUCUGAGUCCUUGGCGAAACAUUUUCUCGCGCCUUCCCAAGCGUAUUUACUCGAAAAUCCUUGCCACUACAGAUAUGGAGAUUAAGUACAAGCCAAAGGUUCUAAUCUCCCAGAUAUGGAAUGCAAUUGUCAUUUCAAUGUAUCGUGAACAUCUCUUGGCUAUCGAUCACGUCCAAAAGCUACUGUAUCAUCAGGUUCCUUCGGAACAGGAAGGCAAGCGAACCCUGAGGGCUCCGACCUUCUUCGUUUCACAGGAAGAUCACUCUUUCAAAACCGAAUUCUUCCCAACGCACAGCGAGGCUGAGCGCCGUCUUUCUUUCUUCGCCCAGUCGCUCUCCAUGCCAAUUCCAGAGCCGCUGCCAGUUGAUAAUAUGCCCACCUUCUCAGUCUUAAUUCCUCACUAUGGCGAGAAGAUUCUGCUUUCGCUUAGGGAAAUUAUUCGUGAAGAUGAACCAUACUCUCGUGUUACACAGCUGGAAUAUCUCAAGCAGCUACAUCCACAUGAAUGGGAUUGCUUUGUCAAAGAUACUAAGAUCCUGGCCGAUGAGACCUCGCAAUUUAAUGGAGACGACGAGAAGAACGAAAAGGACGAUGCCAAGAGCAAGAUUGACGACCUGCCGUUCUACUGCAUUGGGUUCAAAUCCUCAGCUCCUGAAUACACCUUAAGAACGCGAAUCUGGGCCUCGCUCCGAUCGCAAACACUGUACCGUACUAUUUCCGGUUUCAUGAAUUACAGCCGUGCCAUUAAGCUCCUGUAUCGUGUGGAGAACCCUGAAGUCGUUCAGAUGUUUGGUGGUAACUCAGAUAAAUUAGAGCGUGAGCUGGAGAGGAUGGCGCGCCGCAAGUUUAAGCUCAUUGUGUCUAUGCAGAGAUACGCAAAAUUUAAGAAGGAGGAAAUGGAGAACGCCGAGUUCCUUCUCCGAGCCUAUCCUGAUCUGCAAAUUGCCUAUCUUGACGAAGAAUCUCCGGUUGCUGAAGGCGAGGAGCCGCGUAUCUACUCUGCUCUCAUUGAUGGUCACUCGGAAAUAUUGGAGAGCGGUUUGAGAAAACCCAAGUUCCGCAUUCAACUAUCCGGUAACCCCGUUCUCGGAGACGGCAAGUCCGACAACCAGAACCAUUCUAUUAUCUUCUACCGUGGCGAAUAUAUCCAACUCAUUGACGCCAACCAAGAUAACUACCUAGAGGAAUGUCUCAAGAUCCGCUCUGUCCUCGCUGAAUUUGAGGAGAUGAAGACCGAAAAUGUAUCCCCUUACACUCCCGGUAUCAAGAAUGAGGUGACCGCCCCAGUCGCCAUUCUUGGCGCUCGUGAGUACAUUUUCUCGGAGAAUAUCGGUAUCCUGGGUGACGUCGCCGCUGGUAAGGAGCAAACAUUUGGUACCCUCUUUGCGAGAACUCUGGCCCAGAUUGGUGGUAAGCUGCAUUAUGGACAUCCGGAUUUCCUCAACGGUAUCUUCAUGACAACCCGAGGUGGUGUUUCCAAGGCUCAGAAAGGCUUGCACUUGAACGAAGAUAUUUAUGCCGGUAUGAAUGCAAUCCUACGUGGCGGUCGUAUCAAGCACUGCGAGUACUACCAAUGCGGUAAGGGUCGUGAUCUGGGCUUCGGCUCAAUCCUUAAUUUCACUACCAAGAUUGGCACUGGCAUGGGCGAGCAGCUGCUCUCUCGUGAAUACUAUUAUCUUGGUACCCAACUGCCUUUGGAUCGGUUCCUGUCCUUCUACUAUGCUCACGCCGGGUUCCACGUUCAGAAUAUUUUCAUUCUUCUCUCGGUUCAAAUAUUCAUGCUCGUCGCCAUCAACUUUGGUGUCAUCCGCCAUGAGACCGUCAGAUGUCAAUACGACGUUAAUGUGCCUAUCACGGAUCCACUAUAUCCCACAGGCUGCAACAACACGGAUGCUCUCAUGGACUGGAUGUGGCGUUGCGUUAUCUCCAUCUUUGUCGUCUUCUUCCUGGCUUACAUUCCUCUGGUUUUCCAGGAGCUUACAGAACGUGGCGUUCUUCGCGCCGCUACGCGUUUCACUAAACAGUUCUUCUCUGGUUCUCCCCUUUUCGAGGUGUUUGUGACCCAAAUUUAUGCGAACUCGGUUACACAAGACCUCACUUUUGGUGGUGCCCGUUAUAUCGGAACUGGUCGUGGUUUCGCGACGGCGCGUAUUCCCUUCGGAGUCUUGUAUUCUCGCUUCGCUGGGCCGUGUAUCUACAUGGGAUCGCGUCUGUUGUUAGCAUUACUCUUUGCGACCCUGACAGUCUGGCAGGGUGCCCUUAUCUACUUCUGGUUGUCACUGUUGGCUUUAGUUAUUUGCCCGUUCCUAUACAACCCGCACCAAUUUGCUUGGAACGACUUCUUCAUCGACUACCGCGAUUUCCUCCGCUGGUUAUCUCGUGGCAACUCACGUUCCCAUUCGUCAUCUUGGAUCGCCUAUUGUCGGUUAUCACGUACCAGGAUUACCGGUUAUAAGCGCAAAGCCUUAGGUGACCCUUCCGCUAAGCUAUCCGCCGAUGUUCCUCGCGCUGCUAUUACCAAUGUCUUCUUCGGCGAGAUUGUUUCCCCGCUACUGCUAGUGGCCUCGACUCUGAUCCCCUAUCUCUUCAUCAAUGCCCAGACAGGUGUAAUAGACAAUGACCCUAAGGCUAAAGCGACAUCUUCUCUCAUUCGUAUCGGCAUUGUCGCAUUGGCACCGAUUGCCGUCAAUGCAGGAGUGUUGUUCUUCUUCUUCGCAUUAGCAUGCUGUGCUGGUCCCCUUUUGAGCAUGUGCUGCAAGAAAUUUGGCAGUGUCCUCGCAGCUAUUGCCCAUGCCAUUUCAGUCAUUGUUCUUCUCGUUUUCUUCGAAGUUCUGUUCUUCCUGGAAGGUUUUGACUUCACCAAGACACUGCUAGGUGUUAUCACAAUCGUCGCCAUCCAGCGUUUUAUUCUCAAACUCAUCAUUUCAACAGCAUUGACCCGUGAGCUCAAGACUGACCAAGCCAACAUCGCAUUCUGGACAGGAAAGUGGUAUUCUAUGGGCUGGCAUUCGGUUUCCCAGCCGGCUCGUGAACUGCUUUGUAAAAUCACAGAGUUAAGCAUGUUCGGCGCCGACUUCAUUCUUGGCCACACUUUGCUGUUCCUCAUGCUACCUGUCAUCGUCAUCCCGCAGAUCGACAAGUUGCACUCCAUUAUGCUUUUCUGGCUACGUCCUAGUCGUCAAAUCCGACCACCCAUCUACUCAAUGAAGCAGUCGAAGCUUCGCAGGAGACGUGUGAUCCGCUACGCAGUGCUUUACUUUACCUUACUGGUUGUUUUCCUCGCUCUCAUUAUUGGACCUGCUGUUGGCGGCAAAUUGAUUAUCAAGGAUGAUACUGUGUCAUCAUUGAACGAUUCCCUCGGCUUCCGCUUGGUUCAGCCUAACAACAACGCCCUGAAGGAUAACACUCGCAACCGCACUGAGACUGGCACGGGCCGCCCUGGCUACGACGGGCCUGGCACAGCUUCCAGGACAGAGUCUGCUCCUAAAGAGACAGACUCUAGUAGCGACGAGAAAUUCCGAUUCCUGUAG